UCGGCAUAAGUCUCCCAUUAUCUCGCUGCUUAAUUUGCUUCUUUAUAACACCACAGCGAAACAUUCCUGCAAACUCCAUAGCGCGCGCGGGAGCGAGAGGCGUCAGCCGCUCGCGUGUUCUUGCAUUGUACCCGUGGUUACAGUGCCACUGUGCGUGCGUGGUGGAAGCGUUGAUCGUACCGGCCGGCGCCCGGCGGCGAUGGUGACUGCAUGCGUGGUGGAAGGCGUCGCCGUGGCAGGGUUCCUGAUCUGCGUCUACGACGGGUGGGCGCUGGAGCUCGCCGCCAUCUCCCUCGCCGCCGUCCUCCUCCGGUACGCCGUGGUGCAAUACGCCAACCACAUGGCCGCCAGCCUGAGCGGCCUUCAAGCGGUGGUGGCGAGCGACGCUGCCAUCGCGGGCUACAGCCGCGCCUCGGGCCUCGACGGUGCGGCCAUUGCCAGGCUGCCAUGCUUCGUGGCCGUGCGCGCCGCAGACGAGGGCGACGCCGUCGCAACGACGGAGUGCCCGGUGUGCCUCGGCGCCGUCGAGGAGGGGGAGACGGUACGGGAGCUGCCUUCCUGCCGGCACGCCUUCCACGCCCGGUGCGUCGACGCCUGGCUGCGCCUGCAGCCGACGUGCCCCGUGUGCCGGGCAACGUUCAGGUGACAGUCGGAGACCGACAACGCCGGUACUGCAGAGCGCGCGCGAACCAGUGGAGUUGGGUACGUGCACGCACAGUUUGAGAGCAGGUGGUGGAAUGGCCACAUAUGACGAUUUCGUUCGUUGAAUCUAGUGUAAUGUAAUCACGCCAAAAAUAUCUCAUGGAGACAUGCCUUGUGUUUUCUUUUGACGUAA